AACUACUGCCAACCCAGACACAACAGAAGACAUCACACCCGAACCUGCCAUGGGGAGGCAAGGGGGACCGCAGCAGCCAGUGUCCUGCCCUUGUAAAAGGAAGUUAAUACAUGUGCAAGACGUCCCAGGCAGAGGCCGUGCCCCUGCUACAGAGGAAGGCAAAACCCCUCCAGCCUGUAUCAAUAUGACCAGGGGAGGAAAUUCCUUCCUGACCCCAAAUACAGUGUCAGCCUGACCCUGAGUGCAGGGGUAAGACCGUCUAGCUAGAAACCUCCAGGAUUAGUCCCAGCAGGAGCUCUGGCACAGCCCCGUCCCUGCCCCCCAGCCUGGGCUGCAGCCAGCACCCAGUGCUGCAGAAGGUGAGAAAAAUCCCGACGUGUAGCAACAGGAGGGGGGAAAAAUUCCUUCCCAGCCCCAUGUGGCACCCAGCAAAGCCCAGAGGCCUGGGAGAUGCUGACAGCAGAGUAUCCUUUCUACCGGAGCCUGUGCACCACUGAGGCCUGGCAAAAUCCCCCGCUGUGUUGAGGAUGCACCCAAGAUCCCACCUAGAAAUGGGGCUAGUCAGGUCCAUGGUGGGUGUUGGGAUGGUUUCAUGCCCCUGUUUUAGGCCCUACCCCUACAUUGCAAUGCUGAGAUGAGAGGAGACAGUGCAGGGAAGGGGAAACCCAACCAGCCUGGUUUUACUCCUUGUGUUUCAUAUCAACCUGAAAACAUUGCUAAGAAGCACUUAACGCAGGUGGAUGCAGGCCUGGUGAGGAAGAGGGGAGCGUUGCCUGCAAUGGAGGGGAAACUGAGGCACAGGAGGACUUGUGGAGAGGGCAUCCUGCAGGCCUCUUCCCCAUCCCACCUCUCAACUUAGCCCUGUCCUCAGGGAAGUCCACCCCUGGCAAUGCCAGCAGCCACCCUCUACGGACAUGGUGCCAGGGAACAGACCAUGCAGAGUACCAGGGCUAUACCAGGGCACCCAUCAGGACAACCAGUCUCCAGCAGAGCUGCCCAGGAGUCCUGGAGAGACUCCCUGCAAAACAGGCAGAUCUCAUGACAUGGUCUAUUUUCAACCCCAGGAGGACAUGGGGGCAGGUGUGUCACUGACACCAUCAGCUGACGCCUGCGGUCGUCCGUUGCCGUCCAGCCUGGAUUCCAGCCCUGAAGUAUAUAGAUCAGAGGCCAAGAGGCUGGGCCAGCAAAGAGCAGGAGGGUUGGACAGCAGGAUGGUAGAGCCCGGAGCCUGCAUGCGUGCCACCUGAGGGUGCUGAGAGCCAGGCACAGGAGAAGCCUCCCUUCUAUCUCCAGGAGGCACAGCUCGCUGCUGGUUCAAUCAUCGCCGAUUGGCCCCUGCCUUCGCUCCCUGGCACCAUGGUCGGCUUGAAGCCCACAGACGUCCCUCCAUCGGCCCCUGUGAAGUUCCUCAGUGCAGGGACUGCCGCCUGCAUUGCUGACCUGUGCACCUUCCCACUGGACACGGCCAAAGUCCGGCUGCAGAUCCAAGGCGAGGCCAAGCCAGUGAGGAGCAUGACGGUUGUGCAGUACAAGGGUGUCUUUGGCACCUUGGCCACCAUGGUGAAGACGGAGGGUCCCAGCAGCCUGUACAAUGGGCUGGUGGCUGGGCUGCAGCGUCAGAUGAGCUUCGCCUCUAUCCGCAUUGGGCUGUACGACUCGGUCAAGCAGUUUUACUCCUCCAAGGGCUCUGACAGCACCGGUAUCCUGACUCGGCUGCUGGCUGGCUGUACCACAGGGGCCAUGGCUGUGACUUGUGCCCAGCCCACCGACGUGGUGAAGGUUCGGUUCCAGGCUCACGUGACGCUGAUGGACGGAAGCAAGAAGUACAAUGGGACCGUGGACGCCUACAAGACCAUUGCUAAGGAGGAAGGGGUCCGAGGCCUCUGGAAAGGCACGUUACCCAACAUCACCCGCAACGCCAUCGUGAACUGUGGGGAGCUGGUCACCUAUGACCUCAUCAAGGAGGCGCUGAUCAAGUACCACCUGAUGACAGACAAUUUCCCUUGCCACUUUGUGGCUGCCUUUGGCGCCGGAUUCUGUGCCACAGUGGUGGCUUCGCCAGUGGAUGUGGUAAAGACAAGGUACAUGAACUCAGCCCCCGGGCAGUACAAGAAUGCCCUGAACUGCAUGCUCACCAUGGUGAUCAAGGAAGGGCCCGCUGCCUUCUACAAGGGGUUUGUGCCCUCAUUCCUACGCCUGGGCUCCUGGAACAUCGUCAUGUUUGUGUCCUACGAGCAGCUGAAGCGUGCCAUGGUGCUGGCCCAGGUGGCCUGGGAAUCCCCAUUUUAA